CGAGUCCACACUACAGUAUUUGCCCACCACUGACACACGCGUCCAAGCGCAAGAGGUGGAAGGGAAGCUAGGUAUUCACGACUUUAUGCGACAGCCCUAGACGGUUGCGAACUCUGUCCCAUGGCCUCAAGGCGCACUUGCAAUACACAUUCACCUCUCCGAGCCCCCUCGAGGUCAUGAACUUCAGAUCGCGAUCCUCGAAACCCAGACCUUCCCUCACACCGCCAACAUCAUGAUGGCCUCGGAGUACACGAUUACCGAUGUCCACAUGUAUCACCUCCAGCCGCCGGGCUUGCAGUCCAAGCUGGCCAUGAACCCGACGCUGAUAGUAUCAUGGUGGUGUACAUUGUUCGCAUUGACGGCCAUCCUGAUAAGAUUGUUCGGUCGAUGGGUCCGUACCGAAAGACUCUUUCGAGAAGACUGGAUCAUGUUCUUCAGCAUAAUACCUCUCAUGAUCCGCAUGGCCAUUGUGCAUGUGAUCUUGAUCUGGGGAACAAACAACACACAGACUGCAGGAUUAACAGAGUCCGAGAUUCGCCAGCGCGAGGUCGGCAGCAGGUUGGUCCUGGCUGCGCGCAUAUUUUAUGCUGCCUUUAUUUGGGUUGCCAAGUUCACCGUUCUUGAAUUCCUCAAGCGCCUCAUCGGAAAAUCAUGGGCCAAGUCCUACGAAUAUGGUCUGCGUUUCAUCUAUGGGUUUCUCGUCGUCACCUAUCUCGGAGUCGUUGUCGCGACGAUCAGUGAAUGCCAACCUUUUGAUCACUACUGGCAGGUGGUACCAGAUCCAGGUCCGAAGUGUCGAGAAGGCUUGGUGCAAUUGAUUGUCAUGGGAGUAUGCGAUAUGGUCACGGAUGUCGUCCUUAUCGUCUUCCCUAUACCUUUGGUCUGGCAAUCUUCGAUGCGUUACACUAAGAAGAUAUCCCUCAUAUUGCUCUUUCUGUUGUCCGUCAUCCUUAUCGCCAUCACCGCCUAUCGAAUACCCUCCACCAUAUCACGUCGUUCUUCUCAGCAAUACCGAUCACUGUUAGCGUCACUGGAGAUCCUGGCCGCAGCAGGUGUGUCCAACGCCAUAGCUAUCGGUAGCUUCAUUCGCGACAAGGGAGUGAAGAAAGCAAAGUUCAGAGUCCCAUCUAUCGACGACAACAGUUCUCUCAAUCGGACCAUGACCCGCACCCGGAGUCGGUCCAUGACCCAUCAUCACUGGGGUUCUGACGAAGACCUUGCCAGGGGCGUGGGCGCAGCAUUACCCGUGCCACUGCGACACGGCAGCAACAUUGAACAAUUACCACGACCGGCUGAAGUCGCCAUACCCAAUCAUACUGCUGACCUGGAGACUGGUCACCAUCGCCAGGACUCGGCUUUCAGCUCGGAAUGGAAUUUCUCGUCGGCGGCACGUGGUCGAAGGAAGAAGUCUAUGGAUAGUAUGAGUAGCGGGUCGACCGACAUCAAACUACGCGAUUUGAAAGCUCAAAUGGAUGAGCCGGCAAGCCCAUAUGCCGAGCCUGACACGCCAAGCAAGAUGGGAUUCUUCGAUGUGGGUGGACUCGUCGACAAACCAGGAUCACCCGACUCUUUAUCCCGACAAACGUCUAUCAUUGAGGCACGUCGCCUGUCGCAAUCGAACACUACCGGUGGUAAAUCAGGGUCAAAGGCUUUCCUGUCCGACAUUGGCGGGCUUCUGUCCCGGCAUUCACACAUCCGGGAAGAAAACGAAAUCCAUUCUCGUGCGUCUUCGUCUUCGCCAAGAAAAGGCAACAGUCCCGGACGCUCCCCACUGCGGUCUGCAGAGCGCAGGAAGAUCUCACGACAGAAUCGCCUACCGUCUCAGCAGGAGGAAGACGAAGAACCGAUCACGCGGCCAAGCGGUCCAGAUGAUCUGACUUUUGUUGAUGUUGGCGGUCUGCUACGAUGAAGUCUAUGUAUUGAUGCCAUGUUUCUCUUUGGGUUUACAGCAUUUACGAAGUGGAAAGCGGAGUCCGAAGAUGAGCUCCUCACGGGUGGAAAUCUUUUAUGGGUUCGACAUAUGCUUCAUGUUAUAUACCAUCUAGCGCUGGUGUUGGGGGAAGCAUUUUGAUCCUUUUUUGGGUCCGGUGGGGUUACGAAUUUCAAGGCGAUCAAAUCCAGGGUGGGAAGCCAGCUAUGUUUCAGUAUCACGAUCGAGAUGACGGAGGCGGAUUGGAUGGUACUCUAUAUUAUUUCAUAGUAAACAUUUAAUCCCGAGAAGCAUUUAUGAGGCUCUUU